AUGGCACAUCUCGCUCCUGGCACCGCUCCAUCCUCUCCCAAGGAGGCACAGGACCAGGACCAGGACCUGGAAAAGGACCAUGAAAAGACGUUGUUGGAGCUGGAGAAGCUGAAGACGGAGCCGGAGAAGCAGCAGCACCAGGAGCAGCACCAGCAGCACCAGCAGCGACCCCAAGCCCGCCUUCAUGAUGCACAAGAGCCCGAGAGCCAGCUGACACAAAAGCACCUACUCCUCCACGCGCCGACAACCACUCAAGGUCUUCCUGCUGCGGCUGCGCCCGUCGAGUUCAACCUCCCCUCGCCGGCUGCCACCACCCCGAUCGAGUCGGCGACCAUCUCGACCGCCUCUGUUCCAUCAACCCCCGUCCCGACCGUUGCGUCAACUACUGUCAUUACCUCUUAUCCCACUGCGCACGAUCGGGGAAACACGUGCAUCACCGUCACUGCCACCACCACCACCGCCGCUACCACCACCAUCACCACCACCAUCACCACCACCACCACUCCAACCGACGACCUUGUCCAACUGCCUGGUACGGCCGACUUUGUCUCUGUGAAGGAAGCAACUCAAUCUCCGCAAGCGCCCUCACAGCCGUGCCUGACUGGAGGUCUCAGCGACGCAACAUCGACGGCCCCCUCCUCAACCCUCGAAGCGAAUGGAAACGAGGGCUUCACGUCCUCCUACUCGCCCGCUCCCAUGUCCAACGCUCCCCCGCCGCACGGGAAUGCCCGUCAGCACCACCAGCAGCAUCUUGGCUACCCCGGACAGCCCGCUUACUCGCAGCCCUCGAUGAACCCAGGCGGCCCGUAUGGCUAUCCGGCCGUGACCACCCAGGCCCCGGAUCCGUACCGCACGCCCCAGCCGCUACCCCCGAACCCGGCCUUGGCGCUGCCGAGCAUGCGAAGCCUGGAUCCCCUUCAGCACCAACAUCAGCACCAGCAUCAACACCAACAGGCUCAGCACCCGCAGCAUCAGCAGCACCCGCACCCGCACCCGCACCAGCAGCACCCACACCCGCAUCAACACCAUCCCCAGGCGAUGGGCAUGACGCCCCAGAUGUCUGCGUAUUACCCGCAGCCUGCGCACCUGGCGAUGCACCCCUACGCGAUGCACCACGCGGACCUGCGCAUGGCGUUCCCCAUGGGAGACCCCAGGUUAAGUCUGAGCGGUGGGCGACACAAAAAGGAUAUUAAGCGCCGAACGAAGACGGGUUGUCUAACCUGCAGGAAACGAAGGAUAAAGUGCGACGAGACGCAUCCGACGUGCAACAACUGCAAAAAGUCCAAGCGUGACUGCGCCGGCUACGACCCCAUUUUCAAGCAGACGCCGCCCGGCCCGUCGACCAUUCAGCCGGCGCCAAACCACGGCGCCGCUCCCACGGCGCCGCCGCCCGCACAGCCGCUGCAGCAGCCGCAGUUGGAGCAGCACUCCCACUCGCAGGACCAACAGACCUCGUCUCUCUCGGGAGGCCCUCCCACCUCCAGCACCAACAGCCCAGUCUCUAGUCCCUACGGGCACCAACCCACUGUUGUUCCCAGCAGCUACCCUUUUGUGCAGAGCCACCAGUACGAUACUUCUAGCUCAACACUGGCGUCCAACGUUGACUACUCUGGUGGAGCCAUUGAUCCUGCCCUCGACACAGGCUGGUCCAAGACGGAGUUGACUUGCGCCGCUCCUCCAGCGAGGAAGAUGAAGGUCGAUGAUCUAGUCGCGCUUGGGGGUCACACGCCCCCGCUGCCGCAGUCGCUGCCGACGAAGGAGGUGCUUGACGAGAUCAUCAAGCUCUAUUACGAAAUCUACGUCCCCGGCCUGACGGCUUUUUUCGAAACGUCCUGGUUCAACUUCAGGCCCGACGGUCACAAUCCCAUCAGCGUCCUGAGCCACAACACGGCCCUCAUGAGCCUCCUUGCGAGCUUCCUUGCUGCCGCCGCCUCGCCCGUCAAGAUCGCCGAUGCUGCUCGUAUGGCUGCCCCCGGCAUCAUUGAGACCCGCGUGGUCUGGGGCUUGGCCUCGCUCGCAUACUCGGUGCCCGCGGCCACCAACCCUGCCAUGGACGAACCCUUGGCUGCUGACGAUGCCGCAGAGGCCCGUAAUAGGGUCUCGGUGUUCGAGGCUCUGCUCUCGGGGACCUAUCUGACCAACAACCCCUGCAUCCCGCCCCCGCGGCGGGGUGAUGUCCACCGUAUCCGCGAGGCCGAAUUUUGGUACUAUCUAGCCGAGUACCUACGUCUGGGGGAGCCGCAGCCACAGGGAGCGGGACCGUCGCAACGGCAGCGGGAUGCAGCCCUGACACGCAUCCGGAACCUGCUGGAUGGUCGCGAGAACCGUGACGUGCUCUACUCCAUGGCUGUCCUGCGCGAGCUCGCCCCUAGGUACCCGGCCGGGUACGAGAACUCGCUGCCACAGCACCUGGACGAGGGUGACCCGCGCAACAAGCUAGCCGUGGCAGCGCAGUUCAUCCGUGACGAGGCUCGGGCGUCCAGCGGGACGACAAAUGUAGUCAGGAGGCUCGCUGAGCUGGCGGCCAAAGCAUUCGUCACUCCUGGGGUCAACGUUUCCCGUCGCCCGACAUGA